GGACAUCCUGUGUCGGCGAGGCGAGGCGGCGCUCCUGCUGGCCAUGGAGUGAGACGCGGCGACUGCAGCAGCGCUCCUCGCGGCUGCGCCAGGUACCGAGGAACCGCCACCGCAGCACUCCUCGCGGCCGCUCCAGGCGCAGGAGGACGUAAGGGCGACAUGAACUGGACGGCGAGCGAGGCGGUCCCUGCCAAGCGGGUGUUCGACUGGCUGGACUAUGCCGUCUUCGGCGGCAUGCUGCUGGUGUCGGCGCUCAUCGGGGUGUACUUCGCCUUCUGCGCGCGCCGCCGCCCCAACACCACCUCCGAGUACCUCAUGGGCGGCAAGGUCAUGGGCGUGUUCCCCAUCUCCAUGUCGCUCAUCGCCAGCUACAUCUCUGGCAUCACGCUUCUGGGAAUGCCGUCCGAGAUGUACAUGUACGGCACGCAGUACUGGGUCGCCGUGAUCCCCGAGGUGCUGGUCAGCGUCACCAUGGCGCUAGUGUACCUCCCGGUCUUCUACACGCUGCAGAUCACCUCCUCCUACGAGUACCUGAAAUUGCGAUUCAACCAUACCGUUCGCCUACUUGGUUCUAUACUCUUCCUUAUAAAAAUGAUGGUGUACAUCCCUGUAGUGAUAUACGUGCCGGCUCUUGCCUUCAGCCAAGUGACUGGGAUAAACUUGCACCUGAUCACACCAAUCGUCUGCGUGGUGUGCAUCUUCUACACCACACUGGGCGGGCUGAAGGCGGUCGUGUGGACGGACACCCUGCAGACCGUGGUCAUGUUCGGCGGCGUGCUGACCGUCAUGGUGCUGGGCACGGUGGACGUGGGCGGCGUGUCCGCGGUCCUGCAGCGCAGCCGGGAGGGCGACCGCCUCGAGUUCUUCAACCUGGACCUGGACCCCAGGACGCGGCACACCUUCUGGAACGUGUGCAUCGGCAACUACUUCAGCUGGCUGGCGUCGUGUUCUGUGAACCAGGCCAUGGUGCAGCGUUGCCUCGCCAUGCCAUCCGUGCGCAAGGCCAAUGUGACCAUCAUGAUACUGGCGGUGGGCAUCGUGUGCAUCGUGUCCAUGAGCUGCUACACGGGCCUCGUCAUCUACGCCACGUUCGCCGACUGCGACCCCAUCACGACCAAGGUGAUACGCAAGCCGGACCAGCUGCUGCCGUACUACGUCAUGGAGAUAGCUGAGUUCAUCCCGGCGUUGCCGGGACUGUUCGUGGCCGGCGUGUUCAGUGCGGCGCUUAGCACCAUGUCGACGGGGCUGAACUCGAUGACCGGGGUGAUCUUCGAGGACCUGAUCCGGCCGGCGUGCCGCACGCCCAUCAGCGAGGCGAGGGCCAGCCUCGUCAUGAAGGCCGUGGUCGUCGUCAUCGGCUGCGCCUGCGUGGGGCUCGUCUUCCUCGUCGACCAGAUGGGCACCAUCCUGCAGGCGGCCAAGAGCUUGACGGGCAUCACUAGUGGGGCUCUGCUGGGCAUGUUCUCUCUCGGCAUGUUCUUUCCUUGGGCCAACCCGUUGGGCGCGCUGUCAGGCGGCGUGUGCGGCGUGGCGCUGGUGGGCUGGAUAUCCCUGGGCACGCAGGCAGCCAUAGCCAGCCGCCGCAUCACCUUCCCCACCAAGCCGCUGUCCGUGCAGGGGUGUCCACACGCCCUCAACUCCACAGCGCCGCCGCCCGCUGCGGCCGACCCGGCGGACGCCUUCUUCCUAUUCCGGAUGUCGUACCUGUGGUACAACCUGAUCGGCACGCUGACGGUGCUGGUGGUGGGACUGGCGGUGAGCUUCCUGACGGGCCCCGUCGACCCCAGGGACGUCAGCCGCGACCUGCUGACUCCAGUCAUCCACCGCUUCCUGCCCGAAGAGGCGUCGCGACGCCACAAGCAGAACGGCGCGGAGCUGCAGCGACUGUCGACGGGAGCAGGGGGCGACCCCCCGGGUGACGGCCGCCCCACGUGACCUCGUCAGCGGCGACCGAGACUCCAUCGGCCGGUCUGCUGUCUUCCCUCCAUCGCCGGUAGCCACCGUCCGUCCGUGUCCGGUGUGGCUGACACUCCACUCUCCGCGUCCUCAGCUCCGCAACCCAGCCCGCGAAAAUAACAAAUUAUACUCCGGUAGUCGCUUCGCCGCGACUGGCUGUGAAUCAUCUCUGCUGUCGACACACCAGUUGCGGACCUUGUUGGUACAAAUAUAUUCCGACCUUACGGCCGACAUUCUCGCGUUCCCCUCCCACAUAUUCGCCCUAAUAGGGUAGGGUGGGAGUAACAUUCCAGUUCGCUUUUAUAAACAUUCCAGAGCUUUAAGAAAAAAGCAGAACUGUUAGGGAUCAUGGAUCGCUCCCUGUUGUUGAUCGGGAGAGUGUUAGAGCUUUCUGCAAUGACCAGCGGCUGGGGCCACCAACCCAGCAUAGUCACCGCCUCAACCCCGUUUACCGCACCCAGCUGACCAGACAGUUGUCUGUGACCUGAGCCCUUAAGACUUUAUCAGCAACUGCUGUCGCCUUCCCCGAUCUCCCACAUCACGCUGGGACGUUGAUGGUACAGAUAUAUUCCGAAACUUGCGGCCGGCAUUUCUCAACGUUUCCCCUCCCAAUAUGCGCCCUUGAAGGGUAGUGUGGGAGUAUCUUCCAGUUCUCUUUUUAAAACAUUCCAGAGUUGGUACAGAAAAAAAUGGAGUCUCCGAUGAGCUCCGGCCAAGAAACGCAAUGUCUUCUCUCACAGAUGUCCGCCAUUACAAGGAAUUUUAACGCGGGCGUACCCUAUUGCACAUUGCUUAACCUUCUUAGUAACUGUUUAAAAUACUCUUAUUCUGACUUUUGCUUGAUGGAAUUAAUAUUCUUGUACUUCCAACUGUUUCAGUUCGCGUCAAUCCGGUAAUUUUCUUGGCUAAUGGCACUUUAGCAUGCUACUUCAGGAAACUUCGCAUUAUCAUUUGGAGUCAGACUGAAGGGGGCACCUACUUUAAAUAACAUAAAAUUGACAUUUUCAAGGAAUCAAAAUGUCUUUGGCGCAUUCUGAAAUGCAUAAGGCCAGCAUUAAAAUAGGGAAAAUCAAUAUGACCCGACCAUUAUGCCAUCAGGGGCUUACGCAGGAGAGAGAGAGAUAGGAGAAUUUUCCCUCCCCCCCCCCCAAUUUACACAUUCCUCCGAUAUCCUAAAAAGAUCUAUAAAAAUGUAUCAUUCCCACUAACAAAAUGAAAGCAAUUGUAAAGCAAAAAGCGGGUAGAGUUGUUCUUCUAGCUUCACGAAAUGAAAUUCUGCGUACGCUCAUGUAUGCACACAAGGUAUAAUGUGAAAGAAGCCGCUGUUUGUUUAUUUGUAAGUAUUUGCACGUCUCUACUUAUAAUUCUAUUCUUGCAACCACUUAUCACAUCAGGAUUUUAAUUACAUCAUUUUAUUGUUAUUUUUUUACACAGUCUACGUCCUUAGUGCUAAAUUUCUCUCACUGUUUUCCACAAAAUCGUACAUUAAUUGGUUUCAAACAGUGUCUCUUCCUCAUUUUGUGGCUUAUGUGGUUAAUGGUUUAAAGGUCAAAGUUAAGAUCCUUCAACCCUACUACAAUGGUAAUGAAAAGACAGCAAAAUCAGGGUUCGAGAUACUUUAGAACCUAUUUCCCUACAUUUUCUAUGAAUAUAACUGCUUCUGCAACACGGACUUAUAUGGUAUGUUGUUCAUAAAGUUUUGUUUACUGAUUAUUCGUUGUUGUUGCUGCCUGCUGCCUCCUUUGUGACCACAUAAAACCUGUUUUAUUUUCCUUUCUGUGCACAUCUGUAAUUUUUGUUUAUUUUCUGUUAUAUUUGUUUCGUUUCUAGUUUAAUGUCAGAUCAGAAAAUGUUUAAGUGUUUGUGCAUUUAAUUGCUUUUAGUCUAACAAAUGAUAACUCGUUAUAAUUCUUACAGCGAGUGCCAUUUCAACUUGCUUGGACGUUCGUAAUAUAUUUUGAAGUUUUAAAACUGUUACAUAUUUGCCUUGAAAAUCAUUACAACAUGUGAAACAUUAUCAGAAAUUAAACAAUUUAAAUGUUAAAGUGUAAAUACGUUUAUUGUUUUAAAUAAAUAUUAACGUUAUGAGUGAAAUG